AUGCCGUCUGUACAUGACCUACCUGUCGAGGUCCUUCUAGAUCACCUUCUUCCUCUUCUCCCCAUCCGUGACCUUCUCCUCCUUGGGUCAACCAACAGAUUCUUCGCGUCGAUCUGCGCCGAUGACACCUUUUGGAAACGGCGAUGCGAGAGGGACUUCAACUUCUCGGGAAAUGAGACUGCGCAGAGAAACGGGUGGAAGGCGUUGUAUCAUGGCUUGAGUCGCCCGCGGGUGUUUGUUUGGGGAACUCGUGGAAACGGAAGGCUCGGUUUGCAGUCCUUGCCCGAAGUCAGGGGACCUGGCAUUCCCUUUCCCGUAGAAGUAAAGAUCCCUGGAGUGCGAAUUGUCUCUUUGACCGCUGGUGGAAUGUCCUUCCAUGCAUUGGACUCCCAAGGGUCCAUUUAUGUCUGGGGUACCUUGGAUGGGCAAAAUAUGGCGCUGAACAGCGAGGGCUUCUCCAUACCGCACAAGUGUGCACAAGUUCCCCACAGACUUAUAGUACCCGAGCCCGUCCGUAGCAUCAGUUGUGGAAGAUUGCAUACUAUGAUUCUCGAUGCCAAACUGCAGGUCUGGACGUUCCUCAGUUGGGGCCGGCCUUUCCGGUUCCAGUCUGCUCUCCUUGAUUGCCACUCGCCAGACACGACACCGGCACAAAUCGAGAGCGGUUGGGCAUUUUCGUCAAUCCUCACCACCUCCAGAGAUGUCCUCGUGUACUGGCCGUACAGCGGCACCCUAAAACAGGUCUUAGAUGCGAAAUCCGAAGAAUUGGAUGCUGCGGGAGAUAAGCAAGCCUAUGCCACUUCAGACCAUACUAUUCCUUGCGUCAUGAGCACCAUAGAGGCUGAGCCAUUCAGGCUGCCCGCGAUACCUGUGCUUCCUGUCCUCCCAGAUACUGGUUUGUCCCAAGAGCAGUUGGACGAAGAGACGAAGUUGAUCAAGAUCGCCGCGUAUGAUAAUAUCAUUAUUGGCCUUACGAAUAAGGGUCAUGUCCUUAAAUUCGGUGGCCUAACAAACGAAGAGGAUUAUCUUCACAGCCGCUGGGAAUACUUGCCCAGCUUCAGCGAAGCUAGUCUAGUCUGUCAACACCCCACCUUCGCGGGCGAAAAUCCUAGAUGUAAACCUCCAAGGGCAAUGCACAUCACGCAUGUCUCCGCCCACUUCCGCACUUUCGUCGCCUACUCAACUGGCUCCAGCUCCACCACCCUCAUGGGCGACACCGAAACCUCGGCCAACUCCACGCCUGAGAUCAUGCCUGCCCUGCAAGACCGUUCCAUCAUCUCUGUCAUGCUCGGAGACUACCACUUCGGCGCGCUCACCUCGACCGGGCAGCUCUUGACCUGGGGCUCAUACUCCCAUGGCGCGCUCGGCCUCGGGAUUCCGACAGACCUGCCGCUCGGCGCCCCAGGGGGGUAUCAGACGCCGCAAGACGUGGAGACGGCGCGAACGCGGAGGUGGCUGCUCGAGCCGCCCAAAGUCGAGGAGCCCGCUGAGGUGGAUUUCAAUCUCGGAAGGAAAAAGGCCGGGGAGAAGUUUUGUUUCGCGGCGUCUGCGGCGGGGUGGCACACAGGCGCCCUGGUGAUCGGCCUCGACCCCGACAACGAAGAAGAACCUUCUGAGGCCGAGCGCAACGCUGCGGACCAGCGGAUGCCGGGCGGAUUUCCGAGCGGGCCAGGGCGAUCCACCUCUGAGCUCCCGCAAGACCCGCAUGGGCUGCCUCUGCUGCCGGGACGUAUGAUGGGUGGGCCUUUUCGCAUCGGCUUUGCUGGCAGGGGACUUGCCUUGAGGGGGCGGCUAGGUCGUGGUGGGGGAGGGCGGGGAGGAGGCGCGCCUCUGCCUCCGGCUGCUUGAGAUGUUGAGCGAGGUGUAUUUCAUGAGACUCUUGCGGAGGAUACUGUAUUGUGUAUGAAGUUGUACAAAUACAAAUGCCAAUGACAUACGAAUGAAUUGACAAAUUC